GUACACAACGCAAGUAACGGUUGCCUGAAAGUGGCCUGCGGGAUUCGGUUUCGACAAAAGAGUUAGUCGCAACAAAAUUCAAUGCGAAAUUAGCAGAAACGAACGGGUUCAGCCCGGUAUGCUUCAUACAGACAUUCGGCCUGCAAGUGGCGCUUCAUGAGCUUGCUGGCGUGCGCCUGCAAGCUUCUUGCAGUCGGAAGUCCCGCUCUCGCAUUUACUGUGACGCCGUUUACACAGUAGUCACCAAACUAUGCUAUAAUCAUGGACAUGGUGUGAACGAUACUACUUGGGCCCAACUUGCGAGAAUGCUGACUUCACUCGCAAGCCCAGACCGCGCGCUGCCACCUUCGGUUGACAGCUUGGAUGCGGGUGACGCCACCAUCAACGACGCACGGGAAGCAAUUGCCGCCAUGCACGUUAUGCGUGCGGGCGAAGGCGAGCAGACUGCUGGGGACGAACGCAUGCGGAGCGAAGAAGCACUGGCAAAAGCCACCGCCACUAGAGAAAUUGAAGUCAUUGCCACAGAACACAACAUGGCAGAAAUUGAGAGCUCUGCAGAGGCGGCUGAUGUGGUCGAGGAGCAAGGACCAACUGCCGCAGGCACUUCAAGCGGUGGGCGCCCGCACGAGCACGGGGCCGUGCCGUGUGGUACCGGUGCGGAUACGCAACGGCGUCCGGAGCGCCCCCGCCGCGCCACUGCCAACCCUCGACCAUCCUAUACGCCAACACCCGCUCGAAGGCCUCCUGGCUCAGGGCCGGCCAAACCCCGUGGCGCGGGCCGUGGCCGCAGCAAGUCCGGCGAGCGAGGCGCAAGCGAGGCCCCGGCUGAAACGGCUGUGGACGGCACAAUCGGCGCCAUCGCCAAUGGCGCGGAUGGUGCCAUUGCAGACGGCCAUCAACAACCGCAGCAGCCCGUGACCGCCGAGCAGGGUGAGGCAGCCGAGGCAGGUGCGGGCGCGGCGGCGCUACCUGCUGAGGCAGGAGCAGCUUCAGGGCUAGAUGCGGAGUCGGCCACGGGAGCAGCUCCCGCGGCGGGUUCUCACAGCUGCCAGCGAGUCAUCGCCGCCAGCAGCGUGCCGGCGCCUGCUGCAGUCCCCGGUGCCCUCGCCACUGCCACGGCACAGCCGGUCCCCACACACGCGGCAGUAGCUGCUGCUGCUGCGUGCGCCCAUCUGCCAACAGCCGCGGCUGCCGCUUCCAAGGCCGUGGCCGGCACUGCUAGCCCUGUAGGCGCCAUUGCGCCUGCGGCGGCGCCAGCAGCCGCGGCCGCAUCAGCCGGCAUCAAAGCGGCCGCACCUGGGCCUGGUGCCACUGCCGCCGCAGCAGCAGCACGUGGAGCAGCGGCAGUAGCAGCUGCGGGGCCUGCUGGUGGCGGCCCUGGAGGGGGGCGUGAGCCGCUGCCCCAGUCGCCCGAGUAUUUGGCCUAUCGGCGGCUGAUGGAGGAGGCGGGAGGCGGCGCGGGGAAGUUCCCAGAGGGCACCCGCGUGUGGGUCAAGGUGGCUGGCUUCCCGCAGUGGCCUGCGCUGGUGUUCCUGCUGCAGCACGCGCGCAAGACCGAGGUGCCGGCCCUGGUCAGGUCGCACAAGCCCGGCCGCACCCUUGUGCAUUUCUACGGCACACACAACUACCAGUGGGCCACUGAGGCGCAACUGUCGCUGUGGACUGUGGACCGGCGGGAGAGGGUGGCUGCGCUGAGGGAGUAUGCAGCCAAGCAGCAGGGCAACAAGGCGGCGGCUCUGACACUCAAGGAGCUCCAGGGGGCGCUCAUGACGCCGGACCCCGCCGCCGACAUGGCGGCCAUGCGGGAGCUGCUCAAGGUGCCGCCGCGCAAGCCGCCCGCCGCCGCCGGAGGGGGCUCUGGCGAGGCCGCGCGGCGGGCAAAGCUGUGCGGCCGCUGCAGCGAGAGCUGCACACAGGUGACAUGCCCCUCCUGCCGCGGCACCUUCCACACGCUGUGCCUGCCGCACCCGGACCUGUCCGUGCCGCACAUGCUCGCCCAGGCUGCCAAACUGGAGGCAGCGGCCACUGGCAUGGGCUGCCGUGCACGUGCGCCCCUGACCGCUGCGGCUGCGGCUGCGGCGGUGGCGGCGGCGGCCGCCAGCAAGCAGGCGGCUAAGGCGAAGGGAAAGGGCAACAGCAGCUCAGCGGGCGGAGCGGCGGCUGGGGAGAAGGACGCAGAUGGAGGAGCGGCCGCGGCAGAAGGCGGGGCUGACGGCAGUGGUGGUGCUGGCGGCGGCGGCGCAGGCGCGGCAGCGGCGGCGGCGGUAGCGGCCGCGGCGACCACCAUCACCGUGCGGGCUCCGUGGACGUGCCCACAAUGCAACCGCCACAACUUCGUGAAGGGUGCGGCGCCCCUGAUCAUGCAGCCAGCAGUGGCGGGGCCGCGCAGGGCCGCAGCGGCAGCCGCAGCCGCAGCCGCAGCGGCAGCACGGGAGCGCGAAGGCUUUGCAGAGGACGCGCUCAUGGCGGAAGCGGAGGGCGGUGCCGCCGCUACGCCGCAGGAGCGCACACACGCACGACUGCUGGCGCUGUACCGGCGGCUGUGUGCUGAGGACAUGCCGCCGGGACCGGCGCAGGCGGCGGGUGCGGGGGCAACUGCAACUGCCGCUGCCUCUGCCGCUGGUGCCGCGGGUGCCGCUGCCCCACUGCUGGAGGUUGCAGCGCCGCCCUACGUUCGGCCGCCGGUGGGCACACGUCUCUGGGUCAAGAUGCCCGGCUUCUGCCACUGGCCUGCGGCGGUGUUCAACCUGCGCCACUGCCGCAAGGCCGAGGUCCCCGACCUGCUCGGCAGCCACGUGCCCGGCAGCACACUGCUGCACUUCUACGGCGAGCACAACCACGUGUGGGCCAGUGAGGUGGAAAUGUCGGCGCUGGUGGCGGCGGCGGUGCUGCCCGGUCAGGACGAGGCGGCGCGUGUGGCGGCCAUGACGGCUUGGAGCGACAAGCACAAGAGUCGUGACAGCGCGCGCCUGGCUCUGGAGGAGCUGGAGGGCGCCGAGGCCGAGCCGGGGGCGGAGGCGGCGCGCGUGUGCCGCCUGCGCGACACGCAGCUUUCUGAGGAGGCGGAGCGGCAGUUGGAGCUGGGGGAGCUGCAGGCGCUCAUGAUGAGCACACAGGGGCCCGGGCCGCCGCCAGGCGCCGCAGGAGGCGACAAGCAUGGGCGCGGCGGCAAGGGCCGCAGCGGCGGCAAGGGUGACGAGGACCAGCACGAGCAGCAUGAGCAUGGCGGCAAGGGCGGUGCAGAGGGGGAGGACGGAAUGAUGGCCCCCGGGGCGGCUGCUGUGGGCGGGCGGGGGCACGUGGGCGGCGGCUGGCGCACGCUGCUGCGUGUGUGCGCCACAUGCAAGGAGCCCGGAGGCCAGGUGGCGUGUGCCUGCUGCCGCAAGGCCUACCACACGCUGUGCCUGGCCCAGCCCUACCUGUCCGCGGCGGACCUGCCACCAGACCACGCCUGGGCCUGUGCCAGCUGCGGGGCGGACAACCGGCAUGACGGCGGCGCCGCCGCCGCCGCGGCGGCGGGCGGGCAGCAUGGCGGCAGGCGACAGGCACGAGGCGAGGCGGGCGGCGAGGAGCCGCAGCCCGGUGGUGGGCGGGGCAACCGCGCCGCUGAGCUGGAGCGGCUGGGCCUCACGCCCGACUGGAUCAUUGCGGCCGGGGCCUUCAAGGUGUUCCAGCUGCCGCGCCCCACCGCCGACACGCCGUACAUUCCCGGCCUGUUGGACCCAUGCACCAACUCCAAGUCCAACCCCAACAUCCCCGCUGAGAAGCUGUACGACAAAAAGGACGACGGGCUGGAUGUGCUGAACAGCUGGGCGGGCUACCACGUCAUACUCAACCCCGAGUACACCUCACAGGUGCAGUGGCGCUUCGUGAACCGAGCCAUCGACGAGGUGGAGAGCGGCUCGGUGCCGGCGGUGCUGCUCAUCUGCCGCAACUCCACAGACACAGCCUACUUCCAGCGCCUCAGGCCCUACCCGCGCGUCAUGCUACGGCGCGGCAGCGCCCGCUUCAAGGACUACGACAAGACGCCCAUAGGGUUCGGCAUCGCCGUGUUUUGCAUCUGCCGCAAGGGGCCGGAGCGCCAGCCCCUGUACCGCCGAUUCCUGGACGCGUUCGGCGCCUGGGGCGAGCCCAACAUACCCAUCGAUAGCGCCUUCGUGGAGACGCCCGAGUUCAGCGCGCUGCUGGACCGCCUGGCCGACCACACCACACGCCACCUGCGAGACAACUGGGUGCACUGCAACGCCUGCCGCCGGUGGCGUAUCGUGACGUACGACACCUACUGCCGCACGGAGAAGGAGGAGCAGCGCAACCCCGGCAAGAAGUGGAGCUGCAUUGAGCUCGUGGGCGGCGCCGGCUGUCGCAGCCCCCUGAGCCGCUUCGAGCUGGAUGGGGUGUACUACGUGCGCAAGCGGGGCUCAGCGGCGGCCGCCAAGGCGGCGGGCAUGGUGGGGCUGGGCGUGUGGAGCAACAACCCCGACCCGGCGGAGGCGGCGGCACAGGCGGGGACAGGUGACGGCGGACAGGCGCCACAGGCGGCGGAGGAGGGGGCGGACGAGGAGGCGGGGCGCAGGGCUGCCGGGGCGGAAGACGUUGGAGGGUCAGGCAGUCAGAGCAGUGGCGCUGGAGGGGUGGGAGGAGACAGGGGUUGUGAGAGACCUGACAGCGCUGGCGGCAGCGACGGCGGCAGUGGAUCGCCGGCUGCGCAAGCGGCAGAUGCUGGGUCGCCCGCCGCUGCUGCUGCCGGUGUUGCUGCUGCUGGGACGGCGCCGGGUGGUGCGGUCCCGUGUGCCAGCAGCGCAGCUGACGUGCCACGGAGCGAAGGCGGCGGCGGCGACGCGUAUGCUGCUGCGGGAGGCAGUAGCGUUGAAGCGGUCCAACUGCAGCAGCCGGUGGCGUUGGAUUUACCACUGCCCCUGCCGCUGCCGCCGCGAGGUCGCCAACAGCCGCAGCUGCGGGGGAAGCAGGCGCGCCCGGCAAAGAAGCGCAAACGGGUGGCGCAGCAGCAGGAGGACGCCGUGCUGGAAGUCGAGGCCGAGACACAGGCGGCGGAGGCACAGCAGGCGGAACUCGCUUCAAUUGCAGCAGAGGCGCAGCAUGGCAACGAGGUGGAGGUGGCCGCCGGUGGAUGUCAGCAGCAGCAGGGGCCCGUACCGCAGUGGCCGCAAGCGCUAGCAGCUGGUGCUGCGGAUACUGUGGGUGAGGCAGCUGCUGCUGCGGGUGUGCUGGCGGCGGCGGCGGUUGUGGCCGCCGGCGCCGUGGCGACACCCGCGCCGCUGCCAGCAGUGCCGCCUGCUGUAGGCUUGGGGCAGCAGCGGCAGCACCAGCAGCACGGCAGUAUGCUGCGGCCACCAGCAGUGGGCAGCGAUUGGUCCCUGUGCUGCUCCGCAGCCGGCCUUACUGAGGCAGGUGACAGCAGUAACCUGGCGUCGCGGCAGCAGCAGAAGGAGCAGCAGCAGCAACAGCCACCGCAUCAGCAGCCGCAGCAGAGGCAGGUGCUGAUGUGGGAUGAGCAGCAGGCGGAUGCAUGGUUGGGAGACGCAGGGCGCCGGAGCAGCGGUGGUGGUGGCAUCACGGCGGCAUGGGCUGCGGCACUGUCGGCUGCCGCAGCGGGCGGGACGGUGUGGCCAGCUCCCCCAGCGGCAUCGGCAGCAGCCGCAGCAGCCGCAGCAGCUGUAGCAGCCGCAGCCGCUGUAGCCGGUGCCGGUGCCGUGGGAUCAGUGGACAUGCGGGCGGGUACCAGCGGGAGUACUGGCAGCGGGAGUGGGAGCGGCAGAUGUGCAACAAGCGCGUUCGCGGCCCAAGCCCAGACACACCAACAGCAGCAGCAACAGCAAGAGCCGGACCUGCCUGGCGGCGCGCGCGAGCUGUUUGGACAAGCGUCCUCGACGCUGCCGGUAUCGGCUGCGGCAGCAACAGGCAGCAGUGUCAUAAGCAAGGCCCUGGCAGCCCCAGCAGCUGCCACCGUGCCCGCGUCUGCCUUUGCCUGCGGUGCGGCAGGGGCGGCACGGCAGAGCAAUGACGUCGGCCUGGGGCCAGAAGUGCAGCAGGGGGCCGGCAACUACGCAGCAGGAGGCAGCACCGCCGGCAGUGUUGGCGCCGCCGCCGCCGCCGCAGCAGUGUCAAUGCAUUGCGCAACAGUGGCGGCAGCAGGAGACGCGAUGCUGCUGCAGCAGAUGCGAAGCGCCGGGAGCCACAGCAUGCCUGUGACCGCAGGGACCGUGUUCCUGCCUGGUGGGGCCGUGCCGCAAUACACCUCCCACCUGCCGCAGCAGCUCUCCGUGAGCUCGGGCAGCGGUGCAAUCUGGGCACAAGCAGGCCCCGGCAUCCCCGCGGGUGCGGGCUCGGGCCAGCAGGCACCGCAGCAGCACCAGCAGCAGGCGGUAACCGCUCGAAUGCUUCUGGCGUCUGCUUCCGCAGCGCUUGCCUUGCAGCAGCGCACGCGCAGCGACGCACAGUCAGCAGCUCCUGCACUAGCGUUGGCCACAGGUGGCGUGCGGACUUACAUGGAUGUUGCUGGUGCUGCGACACCGCAAUCGAAUCUGCAGGGUGCUGGCCGGGCCGUGCUGGAUUUGAGCCAAGCGGGAUGCACGGCGGCGCCCUCCGGGGCAUGGGCUAUGGGAUCACUGGCGAGCGGCGGCAAACGGCAGGCCGACGCAAGCUACCAGGCCGCAGGCCACCACCACAGCGCGCACAUGUCCGCUGCUGGUGCCACAGGAGCGUUCGCCGGCGUCCUGCAGGAUGAAGGUCCCGCAAAGCGGCAGAAGCACUCGCCGCAGCAUGAGCACCAGCAGCAGCACCUGCAGCUGCAGCUGCCGCUCCCUGCAGCGGGGUGCGGUGCAGCUGCGCAGCCGUGCUCCUCAAAGCAGCAGCGGCGGAAGAAGGAUGAAGCCGCGGGCGCUGCCCUGCCCCUACCCCACGCGGCCGUGCAGCAGGUGUUGCACCACCAGCAGGGCGAGCAGCAACAGCAGCAGCACCCGCACGCGCAGCAAAUGCAGCUGCAGCAACAACAGCUGCACUCACAACAGCGGGUGCAGCAGCAGGUGCCGCCGCACCUGCUGCUGCCGCUGCUUGCACAGCAGGCGCAACUCGCUGCUGGGGCCGCAGGAACGAGUGCGGGAGGGAGCCAUCAGCCUCAACCACUGCUGGCACUCGCCGGGCUGGGCGCCGGGCCCGAGCUAGGUGCCGCCGGCCGUGAAGGCUGCGGCCUAGGGCAGCAAUGGAUGCUACAGCAGGGUUACCCGCUGGGCGGCAUGGGCAUGGCAGCAGCUGACACGCAGGCAGCCUCAUGCCAGCAGCACUCCCAGCACCACAGCGGGCACCAGGUUCAGCAGCACGCGCAGCAGCAGUGGGGCGGCGACAGCAGUUGCGGCCACGGCUGCAACCCCGGUGCUGGGCAGCUGCAGCUGCAGCAGCAAGGGGUUGCAGGACAGCAGGGCAGCGGCGCUGGAGGCGGCGUGUCGCAGAAUCUCUCGCGGAUGGAGUCGGCGGCAGCGGCACAGCUUGCCAGGCUGCCACAGCAGACUCCCGGCGCAAUCCACACAAGCAAAAAAGGCAAGGAUGGUGGCUGCGGCAGCAAGCGCAGCAAUGGCAGUAGCCGGAGCCUGCCGCUGCCGUUACCGCUGCCCUCUGUUGCACAGCCCCAGCCGCCGCUGCUACAACCAUAUCCUCACCCGCACACUAGUCAUCAAGCGGGACAGCCACAGUGGUUGGGCGGCAACACCCACCCGGCGGCUGCAGGGCAGCUGCAGGCUGCUGCUGCAGCAAUGGCUGCUUGCCACAGCGGGACCCUCCAAAUGCAGGACCGGUUGCGCUUCAUGCAACAACAGCAACAAAAUCAGCAGCGUGUUGCGCAUCAGACAGCACCGCCGCAAGCACGUCAUCACACCGCUGCUGCUGCGCCAUCGGCCGCGUUGCCGUUUGCGGCCGCCUGCCGCUCCCUCGCUUCCACAGACCCGACUGCUGCCCAGGCGGAGGCGUCCGCCGCUGCAGUCACGGCGGCGCUGCUGGCACAGCUGCAGAAGACGCAGCAAGCCCCGCACGUGCAACAGUACAUGGAGCGAAUGCUGGCAGCAGCGCUGGCCGCGGCGACGCAGAGCCUCAAGAAGAGCCAGCAGACGGAAGAGCGGCGGCCGAAGUAGCAAGUUGGCUGUGACGACUGCUGUUUCUGCUGUGGGCAAUGUGGGGGCCAGUGGUUAAGACUGAGUGAUAGAGCGUGGGAGGUCCGAGACGCUUAGCAAAUGAGGUCACGGCGUGCCUGCUGUAUGCGAUGUGGGUUGUGUGGCACUGAAGCCGCGUUUUCCGUGCGCGUUUCUGGACAUGUGAGGCAGGUUGUGGGCAGCACCAGAAGCUGGUGACACGGCAUGGGUAAGGGUGGGCCUCAAGGCCAGCAGGUUAUCCAGCAUUCCUGAUACAUAUUCAGUAGACCAAGCCUGACAUUUUGCAAAGCAUUGUAGUGGUGUUGUGCUUGCCACCAGACAGGCAACCAGAUGCAGGUGGAUUGCCAGGACAGGACCGGGCUAUGGCGGCAGUGUGCGCACACAAUGCCAGGCUUGCAUGGGUGGCCUUGGGGGUUCUGUACUUGUAAAAUCGUAUCCAG